AUGCUGUUGCUCUUGUUCUUCGCAGCUUUAAGCUGCAUAUACGCCUACGACAAAGAAUAUGAGUCCUGUUGUGUUAAGAAUGAACACGAGUGUGAAAUAGCAUAUAAGGUUCUUGAUCGGGUACUCAACCACAUAAUCUUGACAGGAGAGUGUAUCUACUUGCGAAACAACACUCUGCGCAUCAAAGUAAACAAUGAUGGUGUCCAGAACCUGCCUACUGGACCGUAUGAAUGCAUACCUGAGGACGGAAGCUCCGAGACACGAAAAAAGCUUUUUCUUUUUGAUAAACCAGAUGCUUCCAUCGCUAUUUCGUUUGAUCCGCCGUUACCAGAGCAACACUUUUCCCGAGGAAACUAUACAGCCUUGCUCUCCCUGACAAUUAAUCAAAAUGAUGCAAUUUUUGAGAAGUGGCUGCGCUCUACGAAGGAUAGGAAAUCGCGCAGUAAAAUAGAGAUUCAUCAGGGUAAAGAUUGGAGAAUAGAACCCGUCAAGGAGGGCCACGAGGGGCACGUGCAAAUUGUGGCCAUGUAUGAACAUCCUUUUAUGAAUCUUGAUCCCUCAAACACAACAAUGAAGCUGCGGCCGGGUUUCUACGGAGCAAAAGUUAUUCGCGUCACCAAAAUGGAGGCUGGCAUUGUCCAUAAAAUCCUGCACUAUCACGUCGGUUCCUGUGUUAUGUCGUCAGAGCUGAGCAACGGCGCCUGCUCCUUUGUUAUGGAGGCCGUCGGUGGUCUUAAUGGUGUUGGAAGCAUUCCGAAUUUCAUUGCCGUCCAUGUUGUAGCCUCGGAAAUUUUCAGUUCUCAUUACAAGUAG